GCAGCAUCUGGCCAGGGGCGGGUAGGCGCUAACCGUGCAGUAUGGCGGACGAUGGAGACAGUUCGAGCGGACCAGUUGACACAAGCGGCGGGCAGGGGGCAGCGGAUGAGUCGGACGGGCUCGGCCUCGGCGGGAUGUUGCUGAAUAUCAGUAUUUUGUUGGUGGUGGUGGCGGUAUGUCUGGCGGUGUACCGGCGGUGGGGCAGGCGGCUCGUCUCUGACGCGGCCCAGGGCGACGAGGCCUCGGCGCUUCCCAAGAUGAGGAGACGGGACUUCACUCUGGAGCAGCUGCGGGAGUACGACGGGCUCCAGAACCCCCGCAUCCUGAUGGCUGUCAACAUGAAAGUUUUCGACGUGACCAGUGGCAAAAAGUUUUAUGGAAAAGAUGGUCCUUACGGCAUUUUCGCGGGUCGGGAUGCUUCGAGAGGCCUGGCCACCUUCUGCCUGGAGAAAGACGCCCUGAGGGACGAGUACGACGACUUGUCAGACCUCAACGCUGUGCAGAUGGAGAGCGUGAGGGAGUGGGAGAUGCAGUUCAUGGAAAAAUACGACUACGUUGGGAGGUUGCUGAAGCCCGGAGACGAGCCUUCAGAGUACACAGACGAAGAGGACAUUAAGGACCACCUGAAACACGACUGAGCGGUUCCAUCACUCCGACCAAAGCCAGGAGCCCCAAACAGCUGCGACAGACCACCCUGAACCCCCUAGACCUCCUCUCCCUCCUCCCCCUGCCCCAUCAAUCUACCCGCCACUCCUGUACCCCACCCCUCUCCCUGAACUCUUCACCUCCUGAAUCUGUCCGCUGCCGAGGCUGUCCUGGACGGGCAGGACUCAAAAGUCUCAACGCCCAGACCUCCCUCCCUCUCCAUCCUGCGAAGAUUACCACCAACAGAGCGCGAUUGAUUAAGACUUUUUAACGGCAGACGUCACGUCUGGGGGUGGAGGAGAGGUGUUGUGCCAUUAGGUGUAAUUGAUACAAAACCACAAAAUAUUUUAGUCAUUUCUCCAUGGGGGGGAAAGUGUGGUGAUCGUGGUCAACGCUGAGCGCUGUGUGGAGGUUGGUCAGACAUAGUCAGAGAAAAAAACAUUGGUCAAAGAUGAUCAGUGCAUCGGGACGGGGAAACAGAUUUCUCUCUUUUUAUCGUUGGUUUAGUCACAUUGCAACUGAAACUGCUUCAGCUUCGGACAGUUCAUCAAUCAAGCGUUUGUUUUUUUGGAUCAAAUCAUUUCCCCCCCUUGUUGAGAGGGUGGCGCUGUGGCCUCAGCAGCGCUGUGGAAAUUGGCGGGGCGUCGCAUUUUCCUGUUGUGUUUGUAGUGUAUGCACUACUAGUUUUCUUUGUUUGUCACCAUGUGAUUGUAUUUGUCAAGUAGCAUAGAGGGAGGGCGAGCGGGAGGGAAGGCUGUUUAUUUUCUUCUUUUUCUUCUUGGGUUGGGGGGUUUGAAGGUCCUUGCCAUAUAAAUCCUGUUUCGAAUCACAUCAGACGGACUGAAUCACUGAUCGGGAACACAAAGGGAAGGUGAUAAGGCAGUCCUAAUCAAUCGACUUCAAUUGUUUACAUGCCUCACAAGCCAGCUGCAAGUCUGUAGAUUCCCCUGAAAAUGGUCCAAGUAUUAAUUGUGCCUUAUUUCGUUUGUCGUGUCAGUCCUGACCGUUCUAACAGAGGAGGCGAGUGAAGGAAGGAAGGAGGUGUCAUUUUUUUCCUAGACUCGGCCCCCCAGACUUUAAAGAAGGCAUACAUUGUGUCAGUCGUCCAUGCACAGACUGUAAACUUUCCCCACUUCACAAACUUUGUAAAUAGUCCGUAUGAAUUACUCAGUGUUACUGCCAUAUUUAUGUAGUUGAUGAACUCCAUAUAUGUAUAAUGCUAUGUCGUAUUUGGCCAAAACCCCCAUGUUUUUUUUCUUUCAGUUCUGAUCUUUUUAAACGUGGGUGAAUUUCCAAAAAUGAAAAGAAAACAGAACGAGGAACGUUGCAAAGUGCUGCAGGGCGGGACCGGGAGCUGUUCUUGCGAAUAUUUUUGUUUUGUUUUGGAGACGUUGCUUAUCCUGUAAAUAUAUCUAUCAUUUUAUUAAAAGCAUGUGCAACAACAAAGUGAGCUAUGCCGAAUUCCCACCACGUCAUGUAUUUAAAUGUUGGGUGUGUGUGUGUGCGUGUCUGCGUGACAGAGGCAGGAAGGGAUUUGUUCAUGCAUAAUAAAUUGAUUUGGUUAAUAAUUGAA